AAACUGUCAACGUAAAUACUCUGGUACGGGGAGUAGAGAGGGUAGAGAGUGAAGCAUCGCAAAAAUAAUGGAUGUGAAAUGGAGACUACCCAAAGAAAUAAAACAAGAGGAGCCAGUCGAAUACUACCUCAUAUCGUCGAUAUCGGACGAACAACUGAAUGUGGCCUUAGAUACGUACACACCGCAGGUUGAUCAACUGAAGGAAAAUUUUCCAGUUCAAGUGAAACAGGAAUGCGUUGAACAUAUCUUCGAACCAGCUAUUUAUGGUGAUAAUGAUGGAGCUGACUCAGUCGAUCCAUUGGAAUAUGUGAACAUAGAGUCACACAAUGGAGGCAAUGAGACAAGUGACUACGAACCCGAUUCGGAAUAUGAUGAUAAAGAUGGCGAAAAUGAUACAGACGAGGACUAUGAAAUUGGCAGCAAAAAGAAGAGACCGUCGAAAACUUUGCAAAAAAAUGAGAAUCUGAAACGCACAGACAUUUCGAUAGUUGAAUACAAGGAAAUCUCAUCGAAAGGACCACCAUACGCUUGCAAUGUUUGCUCGCUAACGUUUCCAAUUGUGAAAAGUUUGAUAGCACACCGAAGCAUCCACAAGGGAAAGAAAUUUCAAUGCGAUUUAUGCAAACACGUGUUUAAGAGCAAAUCGCACAUUUACGAACACAUGAAGUGUCACCAAGAACCACAACACUGCUGUCCAGUUUGCCUCAAGACAUUUGCACUGAAAAAGAGCUUUAUUCGUCAUCAGAUGAUUCACGAAGAAAAACAGUUCGAGUGCGACAUCUGCAAAAAACGGUUUCGUCAAAAGGGCCACGUAUACGAACAUAUGAAGACACAUCGUGAACGAGUCAAACAUUUCCAUUGCGAAAUUUGUGUCAUGUCCUACUACGAACAGCGAACGUUAAACCGUCACAUGAAAUUUGCCCACUCCAAUUUGCAACGCAAGCGUUUCCGUUGUCCGAACACACUGUGUGAUAAGUCGUAUUCCAGUGCACCGUCGUUCCGGAUGCACGCCUGUGUGGAUGGUCGACGUCCUCAAGAUAUGCUCAACACGAGCUGUUCGCAGUGCAAUAAGCGAUUUUUCAACAAAUUCGAACUGAACCGACACGUAAAACGAACGCACGUCACGAAACCGGACAAUUUCCGGUGCAAUGAUUGUGGACGAGGAUUCUUGUACCGUUACUGGGAUUCGUAUAUUCUACAUGUGGCGCAAAAAUGUGCCAAGCUCAUCAUAUACGAGUGUGACUAUUGUGCGAGACUGUUGCCGAGCAAAGCGAAAUUGAUGGAGCAUUUCGCUGGAGUGCAUGGCAUCGACAAUACCACAAAAAAACUUGACUGUCCGAAGUGUACAAAAUUUUUCUUCACCAAAAACAGCUUGAACUACCACAUGAAGAAGCUUCACAUCGACCUGAAGUGUACCUACUGCAAUCUGACAUUGAAGUCCAAGAGCGGUCGCAAUUUGCAUCAGAAGCACUGCAUACCGAAGAAAACGUUCGAAAAAUAUUCCCAAAACAACGGCACGGUUGCCGGCGAUCCGAAUGGGGGAUCGUCACAUGCAUGUGAAAUUUGCAAAUGUUCGUUCAUCAGUAAAGCUAAUCUGCUGGAGCAUCAGACGGAGGUUCAUGUCGAAAAGAACUUCGCGAUCCAAGACGAUAAUAUGUCGAUACCUCAGCACUCGUGUUCGACGUGCAAUUUAACAUUCGCCACCGCGUUGACUCUGGCCAAGCACCGGAAACGAAUGCACAAGAAUCGAAAGCACUUCAAAUGUCCCACAUGCAACGUUACAUUCGGCGAAAAAUUGUACCAGCAACACUUCCGACGUAGCAAAUGCAAGAAGAAGGAGUUGCCACGAUAUCAGUGCACGGUGUGUGCGAGAAUUUUCACCAGAAAUACGAAUUUGAAGAAACACUUCCGGAAAAUCCAUUUGAACGAGAGAAGCGGUACGCAUUUCAUUUGUGAUAUUUGCGGGCGAUCGUUUUCAUCGAAACGGUCCAUGCUGAACCAUUUUGUGCGCGGCGAUCAUCGGAACAGUCUACAGUGUGAAUUUUGUGCGACGACGUUCAAACACCUAUCGGCUUGCUGGAAGCAUUCGGUUUACUGUAAAUCGAAGCCAUAGAGAACAAAAGAGCUCAUGCUAUGAGACACGGACAAAGAUUGUUAUUUUGUGUCAUUUCUGAAAUGUUUUCCGUUUAAAAAUUUAGUUUUUUCAUUAAAGUUAAAACCAAAACAAAUUUCGGUC